AAAACAAACUUUUCCAUUCAUAAGCAAAGCUCGGGCUCCAGUUCUCCGAUGGGCGAACUAUUGUUUGGACGUGUUUGCGGCGCCGCUCUUUGCACUUGCGGGCGAUUUCUCGAGUAAUUUUUCGCCGGCGCUUGUAAUUCGCGACUCUUCCGUGUGUGUGUGCGACAAACAAAAGUUAAACAAGCUGGAACAACAACAACAAUCGCAGCCAUGUGUGGGUGUGUGUGCGUGUGUUUGAGUGCGUGAGUGCGAGCGAAACACAAACGUAAAGCGGAAAUGCAAAAAAGACAACAAAGGUAGCAAAAAAAAACAAAAAAAAAGGAGGAGGCAACAGGAGCCGGUGCAGCCAGAGAGAGCGAGACGGCAAGCGAUUGGGGGGCUAAUGAAAACGAAAUGUGAUUCAUUGGCUUUAUCAAUUGUGCAAAAAAUUCCGGCAUUGUUUAGUCCUGGGCGACAAAUAAAUUAUGACAUAAUACAACAAAGGAGCCAAAAAUCGCAGUGAGAGGAGAAAUGAGAAAAUGCUCUUGGUAAUCGAAUUGACUGGCAGCGUGAAGAGUUCGUUAAUGUUCCAAUAAUCGCGUCGAGAUAAAAAGAUAUAAUAUAAUAAUUACAAUCGCGGUUGGGCCCAGCGAAACCAAAAAGAGGGAGCCUCCAACCGGAAAGCGGUGACAACAAACGUGGGAUUGCAAUGUGUUUGUUUUACCAUCGACGUCUCUUCGUGAUUCAACUGAUUGAGAUCCUGCUACUGCUGCUGCUAACCGACCACAAUGGACGACUGACACUUACUAAGGAGUCGACAACAGUUGCUGCCGCCGUCACCCAACCGAAGAACUCAACCGCACUCCUGCCGUUUCUGCAGAUCCAGAGGCACGCCAUCACAAGACUGACCAUCAGCAGGCCCCACUCCUCGUACUACUUGCCAUGCAUACCCAUCCUAACGUCCUACAACUACGAUCAGGACAAACUGCCCGUCUACUGCAGUUGGUAUCGGAAUGACGAGGUCGUCGGGCAAACCUCCUUUCGCAAAAACGACUUCUUCAUCUAUGAAAAUGGUACCUUGCGAUUGCCCACGAAUGAGAGGGCCAGCGGCGAAUACUACUGCAGGAUCGAUUGGGAUGAGUCGGGGGUAAUAUCCGAGAGGAUCACUGUCGAGUACCCAGUUCUCAAGCGACUUUUUCCGGGCCAACAGCAGACGGCCAACAUCAGUGCGAUAGAGAACAAGCCCCUCGUGCUGACCUGUCCCUUUCUCAGCGUUCCAGCCGCCCGUUUUAGCUGGUAUUUCGGCAACGAUUCCCUGACCAAUGACAACAGUGCUCUCAUCCUGUCAAAUGGUACUUUGAUAUUGCGUCAUUUGCGACCGGAACAAGCUGGCAAAUACAAAUGCGUGGCCCAGAACACAUUUGCCAGCAAGACGCACCGCCAGUUCAUUUGGCAGUUGCGAGUGGAUGAGGCCAAGGAUGCGGCACCGUAUUAUACGCAAAAAAACGAGGCGGGAAUUCCGACGGAGACGGCCGUUUCGGAGGCCCAACUACUGCCGGCGUUUCAGAAUGCCACCGUUUAUGUGCCCGCCGGCGGAUCCCUGUUGCUGCAAUGCCAUGCGGUGGCCGACUUUGUGCCCAUUGAGUGGUAUCUGCAUGCCCCGAACAACAAAAUGCUCCGGCUGAGCAACAAUAGUGUGGCCUAUUCCAUCACAAACGCGAGUUCUAGCCGCCAUGAGGGUCGCUACAGUUGCAGAACCCCGCUGGAAACGCAAAGCUUCCAAGUGAUUGUGACCACACCGCCGAGGAUUGUGAGUCGCCUGCCCGUCGAGGUGGUGUACAUCGGUCUCUCGCGGACACUCACCUGCGGGGCGGAGGGUCAUCCUGAGCCGAGCAUCACCUGGUAUCACAAUGGCGUCCAACUGAAUAGCUCCUACACACGCUACAUUAGCGGCAAUGAGCUGCAUGUCCAUUCGUUCGACUCCAAGGAGGAGGGCAUCUACCAGUGUGUGGCCAGGAAUGUGGCUGGUGAGGAUUCGGCGACGGGCGAGCUGCGCUUCAAUCGACAGCUGGAGGAGAUCAACCCGCUGCAGAAUAUCCGCUGCUAUCCGCACAGCUUCCACACGAUCAACAUUACGUUCGAUAGCCGCAGCCUGACCUCGAUGUUUGUCGUCUACAUUGUGAAGAGUAAUCCGCACACCUGGGACUCGUUUGGGCCCAUGAAGCUGAAUCAGACCUCCUACGUGGUGAUAUCCACUAACUUGCCGGUCUACGAACCCUUUGCUCUGAUCACCCGGGCUUUAUUUGCCACCACGGAGGUGAAAACGGGGGCUUUGGUCAACCAGCAGAUGAUUCUCAGCUCGUUAAGAAGUGCACCGGUUAUCUGCUGCACUCAGGGAUUAAUGCUCCGACCCAUCGCCGUGGGCAACGACACCUUUGUGAAGUGGUCGCAGGGUGAAUUGGCCAACAAGAAGUACUUCAUCCUGCAGUUCUCCAUCAAUCACACCCAUCCGCAUCCCUCGCAGUUGUUGGACGGAACUCUAUUCGGCACCCAGACUUCAGUGGAGGAAAAAGCCGACGAGGUGCGACGCCAUCUCAAGGUAAUCCAACCCCUAAAUGAAACGGCAGCGAAGAAUGUACUGAAGAAUGUCGAGCACGAGGACAAUGUGGUGGAGGACAUGACUCUGGAGCUGGAGGAGGAUAUUUUCAACUUGGUAGUGGAUGCCAGUGUGACGGGAAUGCUGCUGCAGCGAUUCACGAGCAUCAAGAUGCGAGUGCUGAUCAUCACCAGCGAGAAUGAGUUCCUGGGUCAGGACUUUCGCUACGUCCAGUGGAAGAUUAUUGAGAAUGGCACCUCGGAGCAGGCGAACAUGCCCUUUCGCCUGGUCACCAUUGAAUCGCGGGCUCUGACCUUCAAGUUUCUGGACAGCCUGAACGAAACCUGUGUGCUGGAGUGCCACACGGAGGUGCAAGCAGCCACCAGCAAGCCGCCAAAGUGUGAGGAACGCAACAUAUCCAACUCCAUCCUCUUGGUCACGAAACUCAGUGCCGAUGUUCGAUACAAUCUGCAUUUCUCCAACUGCAAAACGAACAUUUUCUAUGGCGAGAUAGACGUCAAGACCGAACAGGAUCCUCCUGGCACCAUUAAAAAUCCGAAACUGGUUAAACAGAAUGGAUUGAAACUGAUGUGGGAGCCACCCGAAAAACCAAAUGGUCGUGUGCAUCACUAUGAUAUCCGGUGGUCCUUAGACAAUGUCACCCGUGAAGCUAUUGUAAAUGCGUGCACAGUCUGCUCCUACAAGUUCCCAAAUGUCUCGGAGACCGCCAAAAUCCAUGUGGCAGUCCGCGUGAUGGGUGAUACUGGCGCCGGAGCUCCCAUCUACUUCGACAUGAUAAACAACAAUCACACUUGGCUGGAGGAGGACAGGGGAUCGUCGCACUCGGAGGUUUACAGCGGCAUUGCCAUCGGCUCCCUGCUGUCCAUCGCCUGCGUUUUCCUCUUCGGGCUGUUCAUCAUAUUCCAGCAGCGCAACUUUAAGGCUCGCGCCCAAGGACCCACCCACCUGACCACGCCCACUGACAUUAAUUUCGGUAAUCUGAGCAGUGCCUCCGGUAUGCCGGGCGAUAGUGCCGGCGGUCUGAGUGGCGGCACAUUGCAGCAGGAUUGCCACGAGAUGCAAACACUUAUCCCCCGUUCGCGUUACCACAUUGAAUUGCUGCCGGAGCACACGUUGGAAUACCAGACGAGCUCGGCGGCCGUGGCUGUUGUCCAUCUGGCCAACGGCAAUGGAAGUGUCCAGGUGGCGAGGCGAUCGGAUUUGGAUGGAGCAGCAGUCCAAGGGGAUUUGGGAGUCCACAACCUAUCGCAGUUGCCUUUGUGCGGCGGCGGCGGAGGAGGAGGAGGAUCCGGGUCACCGGAGCGAAAGACCGUGCAGGAUGCCAUGUUGCAGGAGGCAAAGGCAUUCUACAUACCCUACAGACACACGCCGCCCAAUGCGGUGGCCUUGAGCAGCUCCAAACAGUCCGAGCUGGAGGUGAUUGUGCCGCCCAACUCGCUGCCCUUGGUCACCACCAUGCCGGGAUUGGGAGUGGCAGGCGGAGGAGGAGGCGGUGGUGGCUCCUCCAGCCGGAGAAGCGGAAGCCUGAGCAGCAGCAGUGCCAGCAGCAGCAGCAAUGGCAGCAGUAAAAAGCAGUUUCACACCAAUUUUGUGCGCCACUCGAAUUCCAACGACGGGAUUUGCCUGCUGGCCGAGGAGGAGGCGGCGGCCACCUUGACGCCCACUUCGGAGCGGGAAUAUGCGGCCGUGUGCCUCACCAAUGGUUUCAAACUGCCCGCCGAUGUGGCCAAAUCGAAUAAUAACAAUAGCAGCCAGAAGUCAGCCACUGCCAAGGAGCGCCAGCCGCGAGGCAACGGCACUCCGAUCUCGUUCAGCCACACCAAUGCAUCCAAAGUUCCUGCCAACGGACAGCCAGCUCAAGCACAAGCGUCCGUUCAAGUUAGCCACUCGCCGGCGGUCAAGCAAUCUUGGCCAGCGGCGACGGUGGUCCAUCGACGGGCCCAGGUGGAUCCCAAUGGGUGAAGCAAGCAGUAUUUUAAUGAAGCUACCACAUAGAAGCAAGCAAAAGAAAAGGAGAGAUGAAACCACAUUCACAGCUCGAAACAUUCCAAAAGAAUAUUGAUAUGGAGGAUGGAGAGGGAGAGAUUGGAGGAUCACCAUUUAGCAUUUAUAAAGAGUACAUUUUAUAAAUGUAAAUAUUUAGUAACUGAAACUAUGGAACUAUGGGAGAAAUGAUUAAUUAAGCUGAUAUUUAUACACACACACUCGUAUACGCUAAGUUGUAUGCUAUAUAUAUACAUAUGCCUAGUUUUGUCGCGUUUCAACAUUUUUAGCAUACUUUUGUAUUUGUUUUUAGGCUUUGUUUGUUUUAUUUUCCGUUAAUUGAGGCUAAUUUUUACUUGUAACUUCUCUUACAUAUUAAAACAUAUAAUUUAUUGUUGCUUUCGAUGGCAAAACACACGCACAUAGCAAUAGACCGCGCCACCCGCAAGUAUGCAUUACAAUAUUUGUCGCUGAUAAUUACUACGUUUAACAAUUGCUCCGUAAUUGCCGCAAAAAAUUCAAUUACACUCACAUAUAGUAUAAAUAUACGCAAACAGAACGGCCAAAAAACCACAAACACUGCAAUAGCCCACACACUCAACCACCCAAACCACUUAAAUACCAUUAAACCACAAUAGUCACAAGUGUUCACAUCGAUUCCGAUUUAAAACGUAAUCUAUUCAAUAAUAUUUGUAAUUUUAUUUUAUUUAUAUUUGUAGGCCUUUUUUAAGCGAAAUGUUUAAUGUUUAAUUUCCGCAUAUUUACUGCUGCAUUUUGUUUUGUUUACACAACCGAUAUAUCAAAUGUACCUGAUUAUAUUCAUUUUGCAUUCUUGUUUUUGUCCUCUCGACGCUCUCACACUUUUCACCCCCUCUGAAACCAACAAAAACAAGAAACAAUUCCAAUUUGUGCACACCACCAUUCAUAUUGCAUAACUCUAUAAUAAGCCACAAAAUCCAUCGUAUUUGUAACAUAUAUUAAAUUCAGCAACCGUACCUCGACAUAUAGCUACGCCAAACGAAAAUCGAAAAUACACACACAUAGCCGAGAGCUCCUGCUCCUUUCCACUGAUAUUAUUUUUGAUAGGAAUAGGGAAAGUUGAAGUAGAGAUGUCCACAAUAAAACACAACGAGUAUUUGUCAAGUAUGCAGAUGUAGUUUGUGAAUUGUUGUUCAGUGUGAAACGAGAUGCGAAAAUUGUUACGAGAUUCA